CUCCAGAGAACCAUCGGCAUGAAACUUAUGUUUGAAUACUCACUUGCCAAUAACGACGUUGCACUUCGGGGUCUAAGGAACCAAAUUCCAAAUGUUGUUGCCAAUGAGAGCAAUGUACUCUUGUUCCAUAGCAGUAGGCCAAUUUGGAUCGGCGAGAGUUGCACGGUAGCUGCGGGGAAUAGGAUACAAUGCUGAAGCUUCAAACAGGGCUAGGAACCGAAGGCCGCGCUUGCCGCGGGUGACCAUUCCAUGCUGAUUGACCACAGGCUAAACACCGAUUGCCCAGGUGGUAAUUCUGGGAUUAGCUGUGUCGGUGCAGAAACUGCAGGAGCGGCCGGGGGACGACGAACGUAGACCUGACCGCAGAAAUGACCUGUGUUUGCGGCAUGUCCGGAACCAGAGGCAGGGGCCUCGACGACCCGGGGUGGUAUGGCGUCGGGUGCUCCAGGAAGCCCGAGACUGGAGGCAAAGCCAUCGACAGUCCGGAAACUCGCGGUGUCGUGGGCGACAGAGGCCUCGGGACUAGAGCCAGCAACUUUGAUAGGCCGUCGAAGAGCGGUGUCGCUGGCAGUGGUAUGUUCAGGAUUGGAGGCAGGAGCCUCGACAGCCCGAGCCCGAGCGAGGGUGGCAGGUACCUGGGGGCUGGUUGGUAGAGGGCACCCUGCUGGCAGGGAGUGCUUAGCGGGGAGCCUGACCAGGGCCAGUGGAGCAGCAGGACUGGAGCCGGCAAUGUUACCUGAAAAAAUGGAAACAUGUGACAGUCCAAAUGGAACUGUGACUGAGUUAGUUGUAUCGUCCAAGAAAUCAAAUGCUGCACACGAGGGUGGAGAGGAAUCCUCGGAGAAGGGACAUGAGGUUUCAUCGAAGACCACGUGGCGCGAGAUGAUGAUGUGGUUGGAUGGACGAUUGAGACAAAGGUAGCCCUUGUGAUGAGGGGAGUAGCCAAGGAAGACACAAAGGGCAGAGCGUGGGGCAAGUUUAUGGGGGGCUGUGGUGGAGAGAUUGGGGUAGCAUGCACAACCGAAAACGCGAAGAUGCUCAUAUGACGGUGGCUGGCCGAAAGGACAAGAUGAGGUGUUGUAAAAGCUAAGGUUUUGAUUGGCAAAAUGUUUAACAGGUAAGUGGCUGUCCCAAGAGUCGUGGCCCAGAAGCGAGGAGGGAGAUAAGCCUGAAACAAAAGGGAGCGAAUGGCAUUGUUUAUGGAGCGAAGAAUGCGUUCGACUUUAUCAUUUUGGGCGAAGGUGUGAAGGCAAGACAUGCGAAGGUGAACGCCGUGCGAAGAAAAGAACUUGCAGGCGCUGAGGUUGUCAAACUCACGGCCGUUGUCGCAUUGAAUGCCCUAAAUGGUGACGCCAAACUGAGUAUGAACAUAUGCAAAGAAGUUAGUGAGGGUGGAGAAGGUGUCAGAUCUCAGGCGCAAGGGGAACGUCCAUAAGUAAUGCGAGCAAUUGUCCAGAAUGACUAGGUAAUAUUUGUGACCAGAAACACUAGUGACAGGUGAAGUCCAAAGGUCGCAAUGAGUUAACUGUAAAUUACGAGUAGCACGAGAAGAAGAUGCAUGAAAGGUAGGCGAACGUGUUGGCCUAGCUGACAGGCGUGACAAAUAGGAGUGCUACUGUUUUUAUUACAUGAAAUAGCGGAGGACUGAGCUAGAUGGGACAAAAUGUUGUGUUCGGGAUGUCCGAGUCGCUGGUGCCAAAGGGACCCCGGUGGACGCAUGGAGAGCAGAAUCAGGAAGUCAUAGCGGGUAGAGAGGACCAGAGCUGUCACAUCUGAUGAUCUCUCGUCGAGUGGGUAGAUCCUUCAUAGAACAACCAAAGGGGUCAAACUCGACGAAACAAUUGUUGUCAGUGGUGAACUGACGGACAUAAAUCAAAUCUUUAAUAAGGGAAGGCAAAACGAGGACAUUAUUAAGAGGUAAAUUAUGGGAUAGAUGAGUGGUGCCAGUGGAGGUGACAGGGAUGAGAUUCCCGUUACCGACAACAAUGUGGGAUGGUGAAUGCCGUGAAGGAAGAGUGCGAGAGAGUAUACCAGCAUUAGAUGUCAUGUGACUGGAGGCACCGGUGUCAAAAGCCACUUGUACUGAGGCGGCGGCUAGAGAGCGACGGUCUGAAAGUUUGCUGCAAGAGUCUGUUGAUCCUAGACCGGAACCGGCGAGGAUGGGCCGACAUAAUUUGGAGUAGGGAUGAAAACGGUCGGAAACGGUCGGUAAACACUAAAACCAUUACCGUUUUCAUAUUUUUUAUCGGAAACAAAAUCGGAAACGAUAACUCCGGAAACGGAAACGAUAUCGGUAUUUUGGAAACAUCGGAAAUGAAAGUUCGGUGCGGAAAAUACACCGGUAACGGUCGAAAUCUAAAAUACGAUCGGUAAACGUAUCAAACUUCACAAUAAAACAAAAUUGACAAAAGAUCACAAAUACCACAAGUUCACAAUUCAUGAUAUAACAAGUUCACAAUAUAACAAGUUCACAAGGAUCACAAAUUUAUAAUAUAAAAAGUUUACAAAGAUCACAAGCUCACAAUAUAACAAGUUCAUAAAGAUCACAAGUUCACAGACUUAAAGUUCACAAUUCACAAUAUCCACUCGAUUUAGUUGACAUGGCAUGCUUACUCAUGAAAUAUUUUUUCCUCACAUAAAGGGUUUUUUUCAUAGCCUCACAGGAAAACCCUAAAAUCUAGUGUGUGAAAAAGACAGACUGUCGGCUCUCUAUCAUUAUAUAUUACUAAUACAUAACAUGUGCAUAGAAAAUGAUGGAUUCGUUCGAGAGACCAAAUCGUUAAUCUCAAUUGCCUUCCAACACCAUCUAACCCCAAAAAAAUCUUAAAGCGUCCAAAAAAUACAAAAAUAAGCAAUCCUUAUCCAGAAAUGUACAGGCGAUGCGAAAAAAUCACAUGCUGGAAAAUUCCGAAAAAAUUCCGAGACAAUUCCGGAAAUUUCCGAGACACAAAUCCGGUAAUUUCUGACAAAAACCGGUAACCGAUGGAAACGGUCGGUAAAACACCACGCCGAUUCCGAUACCGAUUCCGAUAGAAAAUUCCGAAAACCGAUUCCGUUUCCGAAAAAUACCGUUACCAGUGAAUCCGAUCGAAAAUUUUCGAAAUCGGUUUCCGGAAUUCCAAAAAAUUCCGAAACCGUUUUCAUCCCUAAUUUGGAGAGGACCCAUAAGACGCAGGUGGGACACCCCACUGAUCGGCCCACUGGCCGGGAGGUCCAGCCAGGAAGGCAUGGGACGACUGGACUGGACCAGCGGGAGGCCGAGGUGUGGACGGGGGACGCUGGCCUAGCCACAUGUAAAUGGCUCCCGUCUAGGAAUUGUAGCUGCUGUAGCUGGUGGACUGGCCCAUGGAAGGAGAGCCAGACAUGCCACCACCGCUGUAGCUGCAGCGACCGUUACCACCGCUAUUGUUCUUGCCGCCGCGCUCCCCCCUCUUCCCCCUCUGUCCUGAACCCCUGCCAUAGCCACCUGGAGAUAAUCCUGCAGCCUGAUCUCCUCCCCUGAUAUCUCUCUAGACCUCCUAUAGAUGGCUGGCCGGCUUAAUGCCAUGGCGCAUGCCAUAAAUGACACAGGCAGCUGUCUAAUAAAUGCAAUGCCACCUUUAUAUUGUUUGUAAUCAUGGAUAUUUCUUUUCUUUCUUAAACCUGUUGGAGAGCUCCAUGUCAUUGUAUUAAGGAGUAAAAUGGUUCAAGUAAAAUGAACAAAUUCACAAAGAAAAAUGAACACCCUAGCAGAUUCUGUUUGGACAGGCAUACAUGCCAUGAAGAGAAGUGAAAACGAUCUGAACUGAAAGACCCAACCUACAACCAUAGAGCCCUCAACUAUUUUGCUCCUGCUCGACACCAAACCUGGGCAUUGCUGGAGAUGUCCUACCCAAAACACAAGCAGAAGUUAUGUGCCAUAACGAUUUGAUUAGCAAGAUAUUCUAAUGUGUGGGAAAUAGUAAUUAUCUUGUAUAACCACAAUGUAAGAGGUUCUUUCACAAUUACCUCUGCUAUAAAGGCAGAACAAGAUUCACUUAUAAAUUAAUGGAUUAUACAUUUAUACUAAAGACCACAACAAGUGCCGACCAACUUCUGUGUGCUGAGACCAUGGUCCCGUCUCAACUGAGCAAGGGGAGGUGCCUCAUAAGACGAAUGGGACCAAUGGACCAUGCCAAUGCAUUACUGCAUCCUUUGACAACAAAUGUGUAGGGUUGGGGAGUGCUGUAUGACAGGUCAUUCCAGCACUCGAUUCAACAACACCGAUUUUUGCAUCAUCUUUCACCAUGGAGCUAAUAAAGAAGCGUUUGAAGGAGUUUGGGAUCUUCCUCUCAUCCAGGCUUAAGGUUUUAAGAAUUAAAAAGAGAUUUCAGGCUGGACCUUUUGAAGUUGAACCCAUCCGUGUAACUCAUUCAAUUCCUGACUGUUGUGGCUUAGUGCUUCGCUGUGGUGAUGGGAUAAUUUUCCAUACUGGUGACUGGAAAAUUGAUGAAUCACCAGUGGAUGGAAAAAAAUUUGACCGACAAGCAUUGGAGGAGCUCUCCAAAGAAGGUGUUACUCUUAUGAUGAGUGACUCAACAAAUGUUCUUUCCCCUGGAAGAUCAAUCAGCGAAUCUGUUGUUGCUGGUUCAUUGCUGCGACAUAUUUCGGAAGCAAAAGGAAGAGUAAUUACGACACAAUUUGCUUCAAACAUACAUCGAAUUGGGAGCAUCAAAGCUGCUGCAGAUUUAACUGGUCGAAAAAUGGUGUUUGUUGGAAUGUCACUCAGGACAUACCUUGAAGCUGCUUUCAAGGAUGGAAAGGCACCACUGGAUCCAUCAACCUUGGUCAAGGUAGAGGACAUGGAUGCAUAUGCGCCUAAAGAUCUUCUGGUGGUCACUACAGGUUCACAAGGAGAGCCACGUGCAGCUCUGAAUCUUGCUUCUUAUGGGGGAAGUCAUGCUCUUAAACUAUCGAAAGAGGAUGUCCUUCUUUAUUCAGCUAAGGUCAUUCCUGGAAAUGAGACACGGGUAAUGAAGAUGAUGAAUCGUCUCACUGAUCUUGGCCCCAAAAUUAUCAUGGGUAAAGAUUCUGGCCUCCAUACCUCUGGACAUGCCUACCGAGAGGAGCUGGAGGAAGUUCUUCGGAUUGUUAAACCACAACAUUUCUUGCCUGUUCAUGGAGAACUCCUAUUUCUCAAAGAACAUGAAUUACUUGGAAGAUCAACUGGCAUAAGGCACACAACUGUAAUAAAAAAUGGAGAGAUGCUUGGUGUGUCACAUCUAAGAAACAGAAGAGUUUUGUCCAAUGGGUUUGUUUCAUUAGGGAAGGAGGAUCUUCAGCUCAUGUAUAGUGAUGGUGAUAAGGCUUUUGGUACAUCCACUGAUCUCUGCGUUGAUGAGAGACUAAGAAUUGCAUCUGAUGGCAUUAUUUUUGUAAGUAUGGAGAUCUUCCGACCUCAGAAGGAACAUGGGUUAGCGCAGUCAGGUUUGAAAGGAAAAUUUAAGAUUACCACAAGAUGUCUAUGGCUUGAUAAUGGAAGAUUAUUGGACGCGCUCUACAAAGCAGCUCAUGCUGCAUUGUCAAGCUGUCCUGUGAAUUGUCCACAUAGUCACAUGGAGAGGAUGGUAGCUGAAAUCUUGAGGAAAAUGGUACGGAAGUAUAGUGGAAAGAGGCCUGACGUCAUUGCUGUUGCUACAGAGAACACCACAGCAGGUUUCUCAGAACACCUCGACACUAAAGCAUCUGGAAAUUUUGGACCGUCCUCAGCUACUAGCCACCUGAGCAGGAGUCCAGCUACGAGUCUUGAAGGCAGUUAUAAAACACACCCAGACAACCCAGAGGUGGAUGCUGAAGAAAUCCUUCCCGAGACUGUGAGAACAACACCCGACGAUGCAACCACAAGCUCCAAUGGCGAAGCAUUAUUCUCUUCAGAUUUACAUCAGCCUAAAACAUUGGAGCACUUUUGGGAGUCAUUCAAAUCCCCUACAGCUGUCAAAAUUGCACGGAUCGUCAAUGGGGGGGACAAACAAAAUUUCGGCAAGAUUGGCAUAAUGGGUCAGGACUCAUUAAUCCAGUCAGCUCCUGCUCCAGUUAAAUCCUCAAAACGGAACAAGUGGAAACCUGAGGAAAUUAAGAGCUUAAUACAGAUGCGUGGCGAAAUGAAUGAGAAAUUUCAGAGCGUGAAAGGAAGAAUGGUACUGUGGAAGGAGAUUUCUGAUACCAUGUUGAACCAAGGAGUAAGUCGUACUCCGGCACAGUGCAAAUCUCUAUGGACAUCGCUAGUUCAGAAAUAUGAGGAAAGCAAGGAUACGGAAAGCAUGAAGACUUGGCCGUAUUUCUCGGCCAUGGAUAAGAUUCUAUCGCAGCAAGGGGAGAUGGCAACCAAAGGAUAGAAAAAGGCUUGUAGCUUAGUGGUAGAAAUUUAGAAUAUUGAUUGGUAUGUUGCAGCAGAGCCCAGUCAGUCUAGUAAUAUAAAGAUGAAAUGUCUGUCUACAGUGCCUGGUGAUCUAUUGGGAUCGGAUUCUUUUGUUUUGUGUAAGACAUGCAGUAGCACAAGAUCGAGAUGCAUCGACUGGCUUGAAAUUAAGGUAGUGUUUGGUUACUAGGGACUAAUUUUUAGUCCCUCCAUUUUAUUCCACUUUAGUCUAUAAAUUGCAAAAUAUGGAAACUAUAACUCUAUUUUAGUUUCCAUAUUUGACAAUUUAGUGACUAAAGUGGAAUAAAUUGGAGAGACUAAAAAUUAGUCUCUAAAACCAAACACCCCAUAAGCUUCAGGGCCCGUGGACUCAGAGCGGGGUAGCCAGGAGCGCUCUAUUCUUAGCAACAGGCAGACAUGUGUGGUUUUAUCUGCCAGAUAACGUUUGUAACUCCUAUAAUGUAAUAGGCUACACGGUAGGCGAACGGCGAACCCCUAAAAGACAACUGAUGUAUCAUAUGUUUUGAGGAGUUAUGUAAUCGCCUGCACGGCAUAUACGUGUACUUUUCUUCAAA